GGCGGUCCGAAGAUGUAGGGUACAUAAGAGGUUCCCAGUUUCACCCUCUAAGGAUUCAGAGAGAGAGAGAGAGCGUGUGAAAGAGUGAGUCUGAAAAAGAGAGAGACAGAGAUAUAGGUGGUAGUAGCAGCAGAUUCUGAACAUAACAGUCAGUAGUAGUGAGGUUGUUUCUCUAGCAACCUCUCAUCUCUCACACAGGACUGAUAGAUGAAAUAGAUUGAUACUGUGUUGAUCCUCCAGGGGAAAUCCAGUCAGGACCAGAAACAGUGGGAGCUCUGUAGACAGCUUAUGUAGACAGACAGCUGAUCUCUAUAGAUUUCCAGGUUAGUCAGGUCAGUCUCUCUGAGAUAGAAUCUCUUCUACAAGAGGGACCAGGGAAGUGAAAAAGAAGGCACUGAUCUGAAGAGAGGAGUCUUUCUGGUCGGUGAGAGAGAGAGAGAGAGAUGGGCACCCCCCUGCCUGGUUGUGUGUCCCUGACCCCCCUGGUCUUGACCCUGACCCUCACCCUGCUGCUGGCCCUCAGACUGGACCACAUGGUGGAAGCAUGCAGCUGCAACCCAGCCCACCCCCAGCAACACUUCUGCAGCGCUGAGAUAGUGAUCAGAGGAAAGAUCUCUGGGGAAAAGGUUGUGUCUCCUAGCAACAGCACUUCUCCUUACCUGAAGAUGAUCCAAUAUGAGAUCAAACUGAUCAAGAUGUUAAAAGGCUUUGAGAAGGUGAAGGACAUCCAGUAUGUGUACACACCUGUCUUCUCCUCCCUGUGUGGAGUCAAACUAGACUCCAACAACAAGGUCCACUACCUGCUGUCAGGUAGUAUGUGGAGUGAUGGGAAGGUGUCCAUUGGACUGUGUGAUCUGGUAGAACCCUGGGACAACCUGUCCAUGUCGCAGAAGAAGAACCUCAACUACAGAUACCAGAUGGGCUGUGACUGCAAGAUUGCUACCUGCUACUCAGUGCCUUGUGCCACCACUACGGAUAAUGAGUGUCUUUGGACCGACUGGCUGCUGGUUAACAGUCUGAGUGGGGAGCAGGCCAGACAGUAUGCCUGCAUCAAAAGCUCAGACUCUUCCUGCAGCUGGUACCGGAGCGGCCCGCCACCAGAGAAUGACUUCAUGGACAUGUCAGACCCCUGAGAGGGGUAGGAUUGGGGUUAGGGAGGGGCUACUUUACUCCAGGACAGAGAGAGAAGAGGGGCAGGGGCGCUGAUUACACUACUGCUGCGUUCAUGUGCUACUUGGAAAUUCAUACAUGCUUGACUGGGAAACUUGAGUUGCUGUUUUCUCAUGGAAUUAUCAAUAUUACAGUUUCCAACAUCCAAAACAACGUUUAGUAGGAUUGCUGAGUUUCUGAUUUUCAGAGGAGCACAUGAACGGAGCACCAGACACAGAAUAUCUCUUCCUAUUUCCUGACUAGUUCUCCAGAGUCCAGAGGCUCCUUGUAUCUCCUACUCCCUCUGAUUUAGGGAUGAGGUCUGUCCUGUCACUAUGUAUGUAUGACUAUGAAGCUAACAAGAGACAGGACAUGCCCAGACACAACGCAUUCAGAAGAGGAGAGAUGGAGAGUGAUGUAUGACUAUGAAGCUAACAAGAGGCAGGACAUGCCCAGACACAACCCAUUCAGAAGAGGAGAGAUGGAGAGUGAUGUAUGACUAUGAAUCUAACAAGAGACAGGACAUGCCCAGACACAACCCAUUCAGAAGAGGAGAGAUGGAGAGUGAUGUAUGACUAUGAAGCUAACAAGAGACAGGACAUGCCCAGACACAACCCAUUCAGAAGAGGAGAGAUGGAGAGUGAUGUAUGACUAUGAAGCUAACAAGAGACAGGACAUGCCCAGACACAACCCUUUCAGAAGAGGAGGGAUGGAGAGUGAUGUAUGACUAUGAAGCUAACAAGAGACAGGACAUGCCCAGACACAACCCAUUCAGAAGAGGAGAGAUGGAGAGUGAUGUAUGACUAUGAAGCUAACAAGAGACAGGACAUGCCCAGACACAACCCUUUCAGAAGAGGAGGGAUGGAGAGUGAUGUAUGACUAUGAAGCUAACAAGAGACAGGACAUGCCCAGACACAACCCAGGCAGAAGAAGAGAGAUGGAGAGUAAUGUCUUCUGUGUAUGUUCCCUCUCGUGCUGUAAAGAACAAACUUUCCAUGCAUUCAGGUUUACGUGUGUUUUCUCACUAUAUUGCUUGUCCUACUGCCAUCUAGACAUUACAGUAGAUUCUGAAGUUUUGGAAAGGAAGUACAAAACCCCAUGGAUUCAGUCCUUUGAGCUUGUACAAGUGUAUGAAAUCAGCACUAGACACUCAAGUCUUAUAUUCAGUAUGUUGGAAAAAUUAUCCCCAUUAGACAAACAUCUAAAUUUGCGUAAUGUACGAUAUCUACAAAUGAUCCAUGAUGAACACUAAAAUGCCUGUGUCUUGUGUGAGAAUGUGUAUAUACUGUAUGAUUAUAACUGUUCCAGUGUUAACAACAGCUAACCUAGAGUAAAGAGGUACUCUGAGUACAACAUUGAUGUCCAUUUUAAUAGUUGUGUGUAUUACUUCCUUGUGGCCCACAUACUGGGGCGGCAGGGUAGCCUAGUGGUUAGAGCGUUGGACUAGUAACCGAAAGGUUGCAAGUUCCAAUCCCUGAGCUGACAAGGUACAAAUCUGUCAUACUGCCCCUGAACAGGCAGUUAACCCACUGUUCCUAAGCCCUCAUUGAAAAUAAGAAUUUGUUCUUCACUGACUUGCCUAGUAAAAUAAAGGUAAAAAAAUGU